ACUGUCACUUGACAUACGAUGGCCUUACGUGUUUUUGUGGUAUUAGUGUUUAGUAACAUAAUAUCAUUACACGAUGAAAUCUAAAUUAUUAACAGUGACAAACUCAAACAAUACAUCGAUAAGGUUCAACUUUUUAAAAAUUAAAAAUGGUGUGUACAGAUAGAUCGUCUCAAACCGAAAUAAUGAGAUCCCCAGCAAAUGAUCACUUUAAAUUCAAAAUGCUUUUAGAUAGAUGUAAAACAGUGGUAAUAUUUUCAAGUUUAAUUUGCACUUUUGCUGUAUUGAUAUCACUUCACAAGCUGUUAAGUCACGAAGUGAGGCUCCCUCGGCCCUUUUCGCCUAUACCUGCCGGUUUAUAUGGAAACUAUCUCGAGACAUUCGUCGCCGAGUCCCCACCAGUCAUCAAAAAACAAGAUAAAGCUAGCGAUGCUGAAGCCGUGGUGUCCUUAAACGCAGCACUUGAAAUGAAAAAAAUUGGUAAAGCUGAUAAAGCACUAAAACUUUUUCAACACGCAUUUGCGCUGUCGCCAAAACAUGCGGACAUAUUGAACCACUACGGAGAGUUCUUAGAAGAUACUAAGAAAGAUGUCGUUAAGGCAGAUCAGCUAUAUACAUUAGCAUUGUCCAAUUAUCCGGAUCACACAGGUGCUAUGGUAAAUAGACAACGCACAGCAAGUAUUGUUGAGAAUUUAGAUAGAGAAAUGUUAAGAAAGAUAGACGAGAAAAGAGAUGCUUUAUUGUCUAUUCCUGAGAAUAAUGCAGCACUAUGUAGAGCAAAGAAGGAGGCGUAUUUCCAACAUGUGUACCACACAGUUGCAAUAGAGGGCAACACGAUGACUUUACAACAGACUCGUAGCAUACUGGAAACAAAAAUAGCCGUCGCUGGUAAAAGUAUAGCAGAGCACAAUGAAAUCCUAGGCUUAGAUGCAGCUAUGAAAUACAUUAACUCUACAUUAUUAUAUGGACUAAGAGAUAUUACUAUGGGAGACAUUCUGGAGAUACAUAAAAGAGUAUUGGGACAUGUCGACCCGAUCGAAGGAGGCCAAUUCCGACGAACACAGGUGUAUGUUGGUGGCCACAUACCUCCUCCGCCAUCUGACAUUCCUAAACUGAUGAACCAAUUCCUGGAAUGGAUGAAUUCUGAUGACGCCUUAGAGUUGCAUCCCGUGAGAUACGCGGCCCUCGCACACUACAAACUGGUUUACAUUCACCCCUUCAUUGACGGGAACGGGCGGACGUCACGACUGUUGAUGAACCUGCUGUUGAUGAGAGCCGGUCACCCGCCAGCCAUCGUUCCCAAACAACAUAGACACCUGUACUACCAACAUCUCACUACAGCUAAUCAAGGGGAUGUACGGCCAUUUGUAAGGUUCAUAGCCCAAUGCACUGAACGGACACUCAACUUCUACUUAUGGGCGACCAGUGAGUACAGCCCCAGUGUGCCCGCUAUAGGCGACCCCAACAUACUCACUGGAGACGGCUUCGAAGAUGAACAUUUAUAACACAAAAUGUUUAUUAGUAUUUUAUAUUAAGUAAGUCCUGCUAGAACUAGGCUAGAAAAUCAGUGUGUAUACCGCCUUAUUUAAUACCUGAUACAUCUGUGAUUCAUGGUUGGAAUUAUAAUCUGUAUGUUAUUAGGUCGCAGACGAUGAAUCCAUCACUUACCAAAUUGUUAUAGAAUACUGAUUUCCAUUAAUUUGUAAUUAUAAGUUUAAAAAAAUUGCAGUUUUCAACAUUUCCAGCUAUGAUUAUUUUUUAGUUAUAAUUUUCUUAAAAACAUUAGUGAAUGUGUAAAUACUUAUUUAUGUAACUAAGCUGCUCUGUGAUACAUUGUAUUAUUUUCUUUUAUUUUUUCAAUUUGUAAUUGUUAAUAUCAAGGAGGAGGCAUUUGGAUUCCAGUCAAAUUGUCUUUUCUACUCACAACCAUAGCGUCUUCCAAAAGAGCAUUUAGCUAGCUAGCUAAUGUCAGUGACUAUUAAUAUCAUAGAAGAAUACUUGGAAGUCAUUUUGUAAGUCAAUCGGCUUCCCGGACUCCAGUACAAAAUUCGUUAUCUUGUUAUUAAUAAAUAUCGAUUUUUGCACAA